CAGAAACAGGUGUCAGUACUUCCAAAGCUGAUAAUUUCAAGGGGGAUUAUAACAAGUUCUAUGACCUUGAUGAUAAUUCACCAACACCGAGGCAAUCACAUUGAUACCUUUGGACUUGGACCAACUUCACGAUUCGGUUAUCCUAUCUUGUGAUCGGUGUCGGGUUCGGAUUGGCAACAUGUCUUUAGGCAUACUUAGAGAUAUCUACCUGGAAGCCUAGCUAGAUUCCCAUACUAGAUCCCCAUACCAGAAAUUUAGAAUCAGCUAAAACUUUUGUACUUCAUCUCUCAAUUGGUUCAUUUACAUGUAUGAUGGAUAUCUGUUGUUCGUGUUUUCUUCUGGGAGGUGCUGGUCUUGUAUUCCUAGGGCUAGUCGUUGCAUUCCUGAAAUUUUUUAAUCUACUCUUCAUCUGGACCCACCCUGUUCAUGAAGAGUCAACGAAACAUGGAGGGGAGAUUGUAGCUGAUGUGCUUAAAAGCCAUGGAGUUAAAUUUAUUUUUACUCUUGUUGGAGGUCACAUAUCACCAAUACUAGUUGCGGCAGAGAAACUAGGAAUUAAAGUUGUUGAUACCAGACAUGAGGUAUCUGCUGUAUUUGCUGCAGAUGCAGUUGCUCGUCUUUCAGGAACCAUUGGAGUGGCUGCAGUUACUGCCGGUCCAGGACUCACAAACACAAUUACAGCUGUUAAAAAUGCCCAAAUGGCAGAAUCUCCUUUACUCCUGAUUGGAGGAGCAGCAGCCACAAUUCUGAAAGGCAGAGGCGCUCUUCAAGAUAUUGAUCAAAUUUCUUUGUUUAAGUCAAUUUGUAAAUCUUGUUCCACUGUAAAAUGUGUAAGAGAUAUUGCUCCAACCUUGAGAAAAGCAAUCUGUGAAGCACAGUCUGGCACACCAGGCCCUGUAUUUGUGGAGUUUCCAAUAGAUGUCUUGUAUCCCUUUGCAAUGGUCAACAAAGAAGUUCUAGGAGCAAGUAAGCCAAAGGGACUUCAAGCCACAGCUGUUCAUUGGUUCCUGAAGAACUAUGUUCAGAAUAUAUUUGCUGGAGCUUGGGACAAGCAGGAGAUAUCUCCUUUACCACCUAGCAUUCCGAUGCCAACUCCAGAAAACUUGCAGAGAUGUGCUGAGCUUCUCUCCAGGUCAAAGAAGCCUCUUCUCAUCAUUGGAAGUCAAGCUACUCUACCGCCAGUUCCAGCAGAACGCCUCCAGAAAGCUGUCGAAUCUUUAGGCAUACCUACCUUCCUUGGUGGAAUGGCGAGGGGCCUCCUAGGCACAAAGAGCAAGAUCCAGUUCAGGCAUCAACGUGGCAAUGCUCUGAAGCGUGCUGAUCUUGUAAUCCUGGCAGGAAGUGUCUGUGACUUCCGCCUUCAGUAUGGCAGAUCAAUACCUCGAUCUGCUAAAAUUAUUUGUGUAAACCGCAACAAGGAACAGCUAUGGAAAAAUUCAGAUGUGUACUGGAAACCAACUGUUCCUGUCCUUGCUGAUGUUGCAACAUUCAUUGUGGAAAUGGCUGAAAUGUUGCAAGGGUCACUGAAUGUUGACAAGGAGUGGCUCUCAGAGAUAUCAGAAAGAGAAACUGCCAAGGAAAAGAGUAAUAUGCAGAUGUCACUGCAACCUACUGAUCAGCAUAUCAAUCCCAUGAAGUUCUUCUAUGAACUUGAUAAGCUUUUACCUGACAAUGCUAUACUUGUAAAUGAUGGUGGAGAUUUUGUUGCUACUGGUGCUUACAUUCUCAGACCUCGUGGCCCUUUACAAUGGCUCGAUCCUGGUGCAUUCGGAACUCUUGGUGUUGGUGGUGGCUUUGCGCUCGGAGCUAAACUGUGUAGGCCAGACAGUGAAGUUUGGAUAAUUUGGGGAGAUGGCUCAUGUGGCUAUAGCGUGGCUGAGAUAGAUACAAUGAAACGUUUUGGAGCAAAUGUUAUUUCAGUUGUUGGAAAUGAUGCUGGGUGGACUCAGAUCCUUAGAGAGCAGCAGCCCAUGUUUAACAGCUCAGUGGCUUGCAAACUCUUGCACACUAAUUACCAUGAAGUUUCUCAAGGAUAUGGAGGUGAAGGACUUCUCCUGAAAUAUGAUAAGGAUGAUAUUGUUGCAAAUAUUGUGAGGGCUCAAGGCAUUGGGAAAAAUGCAUCUGUACUGCUGAAUGUGUGGAUUGAGAAAACCAGUUUCAGGGAUGGCAGUAUUUCUGUUUAAGAACAAUCGUUGUUGGUUUGUCUGCAUAAGGGUGACAAAACAAGCAAAAUCCAUUAGAGGUAAACAUACUGUUUUUUCACAUUGAAACAUUCACAAUUUUUUAAUAAAAGGCAAAGUUGUAUUAUAACUUAGAAAAAAAAAUCUAUUGAUUUAAUAAUUAA